AUGAUAAUUAACAUGAAUGUCGUCGUUGACAUCCCUCUCCGAGAAGGCCACCAAGCUUAUGCGAGCUCUCCAGUACGAUUCCUACGGCGGCGGUGCCGCCGGUUUGAAGGUACCUCGGAAGCAACUAGCAUUAACCCUGUUGAUUGGAAGAUUCAAAAGGGCAUACUUCGCCCUCUUUUCUUACCGAGAAAGUUUCCCCACAUACCCUGUACUGAUGUUGCAGGAGAGGUUGUAGAGGUUGGACCACAAGUUAAAGAUUUUAAAGUUGGAGACAAAGUCAUUGCUAAACUCGGUCAUGAUUAUGGAGGUGGAUUAGCAGAGUAUGCCGUUGCUAGUGAGAGCUUAACUGCUAUCAGACCAGCAGAAGUCUCGGCUGCUGAAGCAGCAGCUCUACCUAUUGCCGGUCUCACUGCUCGUGAUGCCCUCACUGAAAUUGCAGGAGUCAAGCUUGAUGGGUCUGGCCAGCAAAAGAACAUAUUGGUAACUGCUGCUUCGGGUGGUGUAGGUCAUUAUGCUGUUCAACUAGCAAAACUAGGGAACACACAUGUGACAGCCACUUGUGGGGCUCGCAACAUCGAGUUUGUUAAGGGCUUAGGAGCUGAUGAGGUUCUUGACUACAAGACGCCAGAGGGGGCAGCUCUAAAGAGUCCAUCAGGCAAGAAAUAUGAUGCUGUGAUACAUUGUACAACCGGAAUACCAUGGUCAACUUUCAGUCCUAAUUUGACUGAAAGUGGGAAGGUAAUCGAUUUGACACCUAGCGCGAGUUCUUUGUGGACAUUUGCUGUGAAGAAAAUUACCUUUUCCAAGAAGCAGCUGGUGCCAUUCUUCGUUACUAUCAAGCGGGAGGGCCUGGAGCAUAUGGUUCAGUUAGUGAAGGAUGGGAAAAUCAAGACUGUUAUUGACUCUAGGUUUCCUUUGAGCAAAGCUGAAGAUGCUUGGGCUAAGAGCAUUGAUGGCCAUGCUACUGGAAAAAUCAUUGUGGAGACAUAAGCUCUGUUUGCUUGCAGUUUCAGUAUUUCUGUGUAUCCAUGUAUGGUACAAGGUAUAUAGAUGUGAAUAAGCAGCAUAUGGUAUGCUGCUGUUUUUAUGUAUUCUAGUGUUUGGAGUGUGUCAUUCCCUUGCUGUUUGUAAAUGGUAAGAUCUCUUUUUUUUUUUGGGGUGUGUGAUAUAAGAUGCUUUAUUAGGGAAAUCAGUCAAGUCUUUUACCUGGAUUUUAUUUGUUUUAUUUUAUUUUCAUUUUUGGGGUGCUUGUGUUAGUAUGUAAAAACAGUUCAUCUCUGCUGUUAAGCACUUUCCCCUGUUGUUUAGUUUAUUGCAUACGAAUUUUAGUAAAAGGGUUUGCUAAAA